ACAACCUUUGUUCUGAGUGAUACUGCUGUGCCUGAUUGACAGAGAGGAGGGGUGAUCGUGGUUUCUGUCACGGUAACAUUCACUCGCCUGCACUUUUGCAUUUCUCACAGACGCAAAACAUGUGCAACUUCACGCUGAAAGAAAAUGGAACAGCACCUGAAAUGAAGAACACGGUGUACACUCUGGUGUUUGGAUCCGUCAUGGUGCUGGGUCUGCCUCUCAAUGCCGUGUCACUGUGGAUCCUGCUCCGCCGCCACAGCCUCAAUUCCCCCAGCGCCGUCUUCAUGGUCAACUUGGCAAUCUCAGACCUGCUGCUCGUCAUCUCCUUGCCCAUGAGGGUCUACUUUUAUGCCACGGGCACAUGGCCGCUGGGCAGCAUGGCCUGCAUCUGGAUCACGAUGAUCUUUCGCAACAACAUCCGCUCCAGUGCUAUCUUCAUCACCUUCAUCAGUAUGGACCGGCUGCUUGCUGUGGUUUUCCCUUUGAGGUCACGCCAUCUGCGAUCCCCGUCCAACGCCUGGAAAGCUGUUUCGUUCAUCUGGGUGUUUGUGCUGGUGAUGAACAUCCCGGAGAGCGUGUUCUUUAAGAGAUUUCUGGACAACAACAACGUCACAACCUGUUUUGAAUUUCAGGCUCAAAUUAAAUCUCCACUUAAGUAUUUCCAGUCUAUGUUAGUGUUCAUCUUGCUGGUGGUCAACAUUGUGUGCACGGCUCUGGUGUCCUGGACUCUAAACAGGCGUCUGAACGAAUCUGCAAGAAUCAGCAACAAUGUGAAUGUCAUGCUGAUUUUCGCCAUGAACUUGAUGAUGUUCAUCAUAUUUUUCUUCCCCAUAUCAAUAGUUUUUAUGGUUGAAAACUGGAGAUCUUAUUUGAUGCCACUGUUAUGCCUUGCCAGUGUGAACUGCUGCCUGGAUCCGCUGUUGUAUUACUUUUCUUUUGAUGGCUUCUGGAAGAGACAAGAGGAUGUGGACAGCUCUCUUGCAAGAGAAUAGUUUGUGAUGACAAUACACAGAGUAAGCUGGCAUUAAUAAAUUAAUACUAUUUAAAUAGAUUAUGCAUUAUUUUUUGUGUGUUUGAAUAUGCAAUAUAAAGAUAACAAAUGGAAAACUGAACAAUGUAUAUUUUAUAAAAUAUAAACAGUUUUUAUUCUUCAUGAAGUUUAUUCAUAAAGUUUACAGUUCAAAUAUGAAUCACUGGAAAUCUUUUUUUAUCUGAUAUGAUUAAAGUGCAACUUUCAGUGGUAGUUGUUUUUUCCCUCCAUUUGUGACACAGAUCUGAAACAUCACAUCUGUGAACAGCAGACGCUGAACAUGUAAACCACAUUUUCUUUUUCUCUUUUUUUCUGUUCCCAUCUGAGCUUCAAAAAUCAGUCAACAAAGUCGGGUCGUCAGACAUCUUGGCAGCUUGUGUUAAAUAAAAAUAUGAAAACUUU